GCUCCCCGCCCCCCGCUCCUCUCUCUCCCGGGGGCGGGGGGCUGUCGCCUCGGAUGGAAGGCCAUUGAUUUGUAUGUAUUUGUCCCGGCGGCGCCGGAGGAGGCCGCCCCAGCCGCCGCCGCCCGCGGAGCGGCCUCCCCGCCGCGUCCCCAGGGCGGCCGGGCUCCGCCAAACAUGUCGGCUCCGGUCGGGCCGCGGGGCCGCCCGGCUCCCACCCCGGCGGCCUCCCAGCCGCCGCCGCCACCGCCUCUGCAGCCCGAGAUGCCCGACCUCAGCCACCUCACGGAGGAGGAGCGGAAGAUCAUCCUGGCCGUCAUGGACCGGCAGAAGAAGGAGGAGGAGAAGGAGCAGUCGGUGCUCAAGGCCAAAGAAGAACACAAACCACAACCGACACAGUGGUUUCCCUUUAGUGGGAUCACUGAGCUGGUAAAUAACGUCCUUCAGCCCCAGCAAAAACAGCAAAAUGAGAAGGAGCCCCAGACAAAGCUUCAUCAGCAGUUCGAAAUGUAUAAGGAGCAGGUGAAGAAGAUGGGAGAAGAAUCGCAGCAGCAGCAGGAGCAGAAGGGAGACGCUCCCACCUGUGGCAUCUGCCACAAAACCAAGUUUGCGGACGGAUGUGGCCAUAACUGUUCGUAUUGCCAAACCAAGUUCUGCGCUCGUUGCGGAGGCCGAGUGUCUUUACGCUCAAACAAGGAGGACAAAGUGGUUAUGUGGGUAUGCAAUUUGUGCCGAAAACAACAAGAGAUCCUCACUAAGUCAGGAGCCUGGUUCUAUGAUAGCGGACCUAACCCCCCGCAGCAGCCUGACCCGAAGGCUCUCCGAGGACUGCGGAACGAGGAGGCGCCGCAGGAGAAGAAGGCAAAACUGCACGAGCAGGCCCAGUUCCACAGACCCCCAGGUGACUUAUCUGUACCUGCCGCGGAGAAAAGUCGAUCUCAUGGGCUCACCAGACAGGAUUCUAUUAAAAGUGGGUCAGGAGUGAAGCACCAAAUUGCCAGUGACGUAGCGUCAGACAGGUAAACAUUUUGCUUCAUCUUUAGGUAAAACAUCAUUAUUUUUAACCUUUUAUUUCAAUCGGAAAAUGAAAAUACAUGAAAUGUGUAGGC